AGACGGAUGUAUUCAAGAAGACUGUAUUGACAAUCAUCUGACAUAAUAGUAAGUUGACUCAGUCAGACUAAUAUAAUCUUUACUCUGCAAUUCUAUAUCCAUUUAUAAUGUGUUCAGCAAGACCAUUGUCCAAGAUUUGGUACCUCUGUUGAUCACUAAUCAUACUUUGUUUUUAUCCAGAACAAUUGAAAUAAAAAGAAUGGCCAAUCAAUCCACUGUGACAGAAUUUCUUCUGAUGGGAUUUUCUGAUGACCAUGAUGUACAACUUCUGCUCUUUUUCCUGCUUCUCUUUGUUUACUUGAUAGCUUUGGUUGGAAAUUUAUUCAUUGUGUUGGUUGUAAUCCUGAAUAACCACCUCCACAUACCUAUGUAUUUCUUUUUGGUCAAUUUAUCCUUGACUGAUAUUUGUUAUAUCACAACCACCAUCCCCAAAUCAAUGGCAGUUUCAUUGACAGAUAACAAAACAAUUACCUUUCCUGGAUGUAUAGCUCAAGUGUUCUUAGUUAUUGCUUGUGUAGGUUCUGAGGUUGCCUUGCUCACCAUCAUGGCUUAUGAUCGUUAUGUAGCUAUCUGCCAUCCUCUGCAAUAUAGCCUUAUCUUGAACUGGGAUGCAUGUAGUCAAAUGGCACUUGCUUCCUGGAUUAGUACCCUCAUUUAUGCUAUGUUGCUAACUAUCAUAACAUUUCAAUUGCAUUUCUGUGGAUUGAAUAUCAUUGGACAGUUUUUUUGUGAUGUUCCUCAGCUACAGAAGAUUUCCUGCACUGAUACAAAAUUUAAUCAAAUUCUCAUGUGGGUAGUUGGAUUCAUUGCAAGUUCAUUUUGUACUGGAUUUGUUUUUGCCUCUUAUGGUUACAUCUUCUCAAUAAUUUUAAAAAUUCCAUCCACUCAGGGUAGAUAUAAAGCCUUCUCAACUUGCAGUCCACAUUUGACAGUGUAUUCUUUAUUUAUCAUGACAUCUAUGUUUUCAUAUUUGAGGCCACAAACUUUUUCUUCUCCCACAAUUGACUUACUAUCUGCUGUUUUAUAUGCAGUGUUGCCUCCAGUUCUGAAUCCCAUCAUGUAUAGCUUCAGAAACAAGGAUAUCCAAGACGCUUUGUGGAAAAUAAUGUCAAAAUCUAAUCUGGCAUGUUGGGCAUUCUGCAAGUCCUGUUAG